AUGGGGUUGCCGCAUUCCCGCCACAAGUCGGAAGGUAUCGUCGCGGCGGUUGGUAACGCCGCGCGGUUCCUCGAACCCAUGGCGGCCUCUUCCCUGGAGUUCGACGACCUGCGCUGCUCCACGCUGGAUGUUGUGGAACGUGCCUUCGACUGUCUCACCGAGGCGAACGGGGUCGGCCCCACUGGGGCAUCCGUCAUCCUGACGGUCCUCAAUCCCCAGUUGUUUGUUUCAUGGGGCGCCGACAUUCGGAAUGCCUAUUUCCCGGAAGACCGCCCCAAAGGCGCGACGUACUCCCAGUUCCUUACCGUCAUGCGCAUGGCGGCCCUGUCGGUUGCCGCCGACGCGCGCAGCCAACACGGUAUCGACGACCCGGCAGGCGCUCUUUCGUCGCAGUUGGGCAUUGAUCCGCCGUUCAGCCUCGCCAAGUUCGUGGAUGAAUACAACUGGGUGACGCUGGAGCGCGAAAUGGCCUUCCAACCGGGCGCGGUGGUUGCCGCGUAG